GCAACUUGGCCAGUAUAGCUCCGACGUUCAAGGAGGGAGCACGCGCGUUGAUCACACAGUUACACGCGCGCCGGUAUCGAAUACAUCAAUUAAAAACGCGUGAAAAACACACGAAAUUAUAUUUAUCCCGUGCUUUUAGCAGUGUUGAGCGUGUGUGUGAAUUUUAUCAACGGCCCCGGUCCACGUAUUUUCAAGUUCAAUCAACACAUCGAACUUAUAAGGAUUACAUAAUGUCCUGAUUCAGUUAGAAGUUUGAUUGUUGUUCAAAAAUAUGUUAACCAAAGUCGAGUGAAGUGAAGUGAAGUGUAUCAGUAACGUACGCCAGUGUUAAAGUCAGUUUCUUCAGUAACCAAGAUGGAAGCACUUGAAAGGAGGGGAAAACUUCUAGCGAUCGCCGCCAUCGUAUUCAUCGUCUUUUGGUCUCAAUGUCCUGGUGUGGAUGGUCACCGCAAUUCAACGAAGAUGUCGUACGUGUGUCCGCCGCAGUUCAUCCGGCUCGGCCACAGCUGCUACUUCUUUAGCGACAACAAGGCCACCUGGCAGAACGCACUCUUCGCUUGCAAGGACCGUGAGAGCAACUUGUCAGUGCCAGCCCGCUGGGAGGACAGAAACCUUCGCACCUACCUCAACAAACACGACGUUGAGAAAGCGAGCCGUUGGAUCGGCGGUAUCUACGACUACGGCGCUCGCGCGUGGAAGUGGGGCGGCGAGCUGAGGAGCAUGCACUACCAGUCAUUCUCCAAGAUGAAGCGACUCUCCCCCGAAGAGCUCAAGUGGAACUGCAUCGCCAUGAUGCCCGAACUCCUCUAUAGAUGGGCUCCACGUAGCUGCAUAGAGGCGAGACAAUACAUAUGUCAGACGAAACUCCGCAAAGUGCCGAAGACGAAGUUAAAAGACCUGCGGCGACGCUGGCAGCGUAUGGGCAAGAUCAACGAAAUCACCGCACCAAGCGUCAGCCGCGAGGUCGACGACCCCCGCACUAAUGACGUAACCACCAACCCCGUCGACAACCCCAAAGCAUUCGACCUGCGGCCCGCGCCGGUGUACGGACCGCGAGGCAACAGACGCGAACCGAAUCCGAUACGAAACCACCAGAAACCCUACGAUCUGAGACCGAACGAACUGAAAAAGAGAUCCAGACCAAACGCCCGUAGGCGGCUCACCAGACCGUUCCCUGGUUACAAAUGGAACCGGCACGAUCCCGAGGCUUCGUUCCGGUACAACUCUGAACUGUUGCGGUCGGGCCGUACUGGGCUCAGCCCGCAACAGGUCAACGGGCACCUGGCGAGGCUGCGGCACUUGCGCGACCGGCAGAUCAGACGCCGACGGCUGCGCGAAAACGACGACUGGCUCGUCAACGACGUCAGGCAGGUGCUCGUGCCUACGCACGCUCGCACUUACACCGUCGACAACAACAUCAGCGCCUUGCACCCCAAGGCCAUCGUCGAGGAGUUCGAUAUGAUGCCGCGCCCCAUAGUACUGCCGAGACCCGCGCGUGGCGCUGGCUAAACAUCUACUAAUGUAGUAGUAGGAGCUAUCAUUUUCCGCAGCUCGUGUACUUCUACUUAUUUGUAUUUUAAAUUAUUAUAUUUUCUAUGCUUUGAUUCCUAUAUCACUUUCAAUAUCUUAAUGAUAUUUUGUCUCUGACAUUGUGAAUCUAUAUAGUAAUGCUUUAGCUGUUUCUCUCAAUGUAUUUAAAAAUUCCAAUCGCCGUGUGAUGGAUCAUGACUCGCUAAGUUUAACUUUUACUUCUCUAUUUGUUCUGUUGAACGAAAUAGAUAUUUAGUAGUCAACUUAUUUUUAAAUUUUCAUCACAUAAUAUUUUCUCAACAUCAGUCUUCUAAUCAUCAUUUUAUACCAUCUUAAAUAGUGCAACAUUAUAAAACUUAAAUAUAAUAUAGGCUAGUUUCGAAUAUAUGACUUUAAAAAAAAUCGUAUUCACUUAGUCUUAGUCUGGCAUCGUCUUUGCUAUUAUCGCCUAAUGCUGAAAUAAUUAUUAAAAACUUUCACAUACCAUUUGCCACCAGACUGCACUUUACGAAACGUACAAGGAGGUUUGACACAGUGCAUUUAGCUCCGAAGCAAUUUAAUAACGAACUUCAAAAAUGUAUGGACCUGAAAGGUUAGACAAAAUGCAAUCGCUUCGAGUCGAUUCAAUGGCGAACUUUAAAAAUUUAUAGAAGUGACAACAAUUUUUAAUAAGUCACGUGAUUGUCGCGCGUCAAUUCCAUGCAAUUUUCAAGUUCGCUAUGGAAUCGCUUAUAACGAAUGCACUCUGUCUAAACCCCCUGGCAAUAACGUUCGAUAAGUCACGUGAUUGUCGCGCGUCAGUUCCAUUUUGUCUAACCCCACAUAUGCACUUGCAAACAUGGUCAUUAGUUAAGGAUAUCUAUAUUUAAUAUACACUAAUAUUAAUAGAUUCAGUCCCAACUUUACUGAAUUCGGUUUCUUAAUCUUGUUAAGCUUCAAUAUAAUAUGUUAUAAUGCGUAUUUAUAAAAAAAAACUAGUCAGUAAGUUUAUCGAGAAAU